GCAUUCAUUCAUUGAUUCCCAUGAAUAGUUUCGAUGUCAAUGGCUUUAACGAUAGCAACGACUACAGCGGCGAUGGACAUCAAACAAUAGAAUCACCGAAUCGGGUCAUUACCGACCACAACAACCACGUGUUUACCGACGAUGACUUUAAAAUACCCGAAAAGUUUAUCCACGAGUUGGAUGCGCUCGAGAAGAAGACAUUAAUUAACGAUGUAAACAAUGGACUGUCACCGACCCGGAUGUCACUCUUGAAACGCUUUGAUCCAUUGGUCGAUACGAUGAAUAUCUCUGAUUUGAUUAGAAGAACCAAUACAAUGACAUUAAAUGAUUCACUCAGAAGUCAACAUAAUAUAACUAUUGCUCAUCAAAGACUUAACGAGACCAUUGAUGGACAUGAAGUGUCACCGAUGAGACACAAUGAAAGCACAGCUCUCAUGAAUUUUAAUACUCCAUUAAAUGUAACGAAUGUCGGUUUAAGAGGAGAACAAUUAACUGAAGAAAAUGGCAAUCAUUUGAUUGAUGACAUCUCUCACCAAUUAAUUGAUGAAUUGAGAACUAAAGAAUUAUUAUUUCAGGAGAAACUCAUUGAAAAAGAUAAACAAAUUUAUACAUUAGAAGAAAGUAUUAAUAGAGUGGCCAUUGAUUGUGACAAAUAUGAGCUUUUGGUAAAUCUUUUGCACAAAUGUAAUGAAGAUUUGGUUGAAACGGCGUCCGAAACCAUAAAUAAUUUGUUGGCGGAUAAGAAUGAUAUGAUCGAGAAAUGCAAUGAAAUGACUGCUGAAAGAAGUCAAGCUCUCAAAGAAGUGGAUAACGUCGAGAAAAACUUCUAUGAAGUGCACAAUAGAUACGAUAAGGUUAGGACAGCUCUUGAAGACAGCAAACUACGAGAGUUGCAAUUCAAUGAACAGCUCAAUGAGUUAAUGGAUAGACUUAAAGAAAAGGAUCAGAUGUACGAUAUGUUGAAGUCUAAAGCAGAACAAAAGAUUGAACAAGCCAAUAUUAUGAUAGAAAGUGCCAGAAAAGACUGUGAAUCGGAACUGAUUGCAGUCAAAGCUCAGCUCAAGAGAUCUGAAAUGAAGAUUAAUGGACUUCAAUCACAAUUGGAUCAAAAAACUAAAGAGAACGACGAAUUGACAAAAAUGGUCGACGAGUUAAUAGCAAAUGUUGAAAAAAUUAGGAAACAGAGAGCCUUAUUAUAG